AUGUCGGCCAGAGACGGGAUCGCGGUCGCUGCGCCCCCAAUCACACCCAGCAAAAGCGUCUCGCGAUACCGCAGCCUGCGAGGCAAGAGCGUCUCCGACGACAGGGAGCUCAUCGGCGGCGUCCUGGCAGACGCAGAGGAGCAUCCGCUGCCGCCCAUCGCCCACCACCAUGAGGGCCACCGCAGCAAGUCGAGCUCGCGGUACAGGCGGCGCGCGCGCUCCGUCGUGAGCCCGGAGAAGGAGCACCAUGCCGCCAGCAGCAGGGUCGUCACGGCGCCGACCAUGCCCAACAUGCCGCUGGCGCCCAAGCCGCUCAACAUCCCCUCCAAGCCCAGCUACGGGUCCAAGCUGUCCAGCCGCGCCGACACGGCCUCGGUCUACACCACCGACACCCUGGUGAGCAUCGAGAACCGCUUCCCGGCGCCGCCUACCUCGGCGCCGCCCCCGGCGCCCGUCGCCACGGCCAUCACGGCCGACGUGGCCGUCGUCACCACGCCCGUCGAGUCCGAGUUCGGCGACGCGGACGCGGACGACGGCGACGGCGGCGACGCCUCCUCGCAGGACCUGUCGCCCGACGACGGCGACGAGAUCGUGACGCCCGCGCCCCUGAGGCCUGCGCCCCUGGCCCCCAACAAGGCCGCCAGGGCGCCCGCGCCCGCGCCGCUGUCGAUCACGCAGCACGAGAUCCAGAAGCAGCAGGACCGCAAGGAGGCGGCGCGCUGGGCCGACGAGGUCGCGCGGCUCGAGGCCGAGACGGACCGCAUCCUGGCCGAGCAGAAGAAGCGCGACCUCGCGCGCCUGCAGCUGCAGCUGUCCCUGCAGUCGCCCGUCUCGGCCCGCUCCAAGCCCCGGAGCCCCGUGCUCGAGAAGUUCGCCUUCCUCAAGAUCGGCCGGCGCUCCAACCACGGCGGCCACCACGGCGCCAUGUCCUCGCCCGUCUCGGUCGCGUCGCCCAUGGCGUCGCCCGUCUACGGCACCAGGGCCGAGAGCCUGGAGCCCGGGUCGUCCCCCAAGGACUAUGUCGCGGCCAGGCCUACGUGCAAGCCUGGCGAAAGGCUCGUGCGCAUCCGCUGCCGCCAGAUGUCCAUGGACCUGCCCGUCAAGGCGACGGCCACGGCCGCCGACCUCCUCGUGACCUGCUCCUCCUCGCUCGCGCACCCCAUCCACACCGACACGAGCAUCGCCAUCGAGGUCUGCGCGGGCCUGGGCCUCGAGCGCCGGCUGCGCCGCUACGAGCGCGUGCGCGACAUCCUCGACUCGUGGGACGCCGCCGACGCGCCGCACAACUCGUUCCGCGUCCUGCCCACCGACGCCUUCGCCGGCGACCGCGACCUCGAGCUCUGCUCCGUGCCGCGCUCGGCCGAGCCGCCGCGCGGCUUCAUCAUCAACCUCUACUACGCGCACCGCCCGGGCAAGUGGAACAAGCGCUACGUGACCCUGCUCGACACGGGCCACAUGUACUGCUCCAAGAAGUCGCAGACGCGGCCCACGGACAAGGACGCCCAGGGCAUCUGCCACCUGUCGGCCUGCGACAUCUACAGCCCCACCGAGGCCCAGGUGCGCAAGCACCUCAAGCCGCCCAAGAAGUUCUGCUACGCCAUCCGCAGCCAGCGGAGCCGCGCCGACGCCAAGGCCGCCGCCGGGGACGGCGGGCCCGGCAGCGGCGCCUACGUGCACUACUUUUGCACCGAGGACCCGGCCACGGCGCACCGCUUCCACGCGCUCGUGCACGGCUGGCGCAGCUGGUACGUCGUCGGCAAGCUCGAGGGCCUGCCGGGCCGCGUCGAGGUCAGCCCGACCUUCCCCAAGAAGACCACCGCGGCGGCGGCGGAGUCGGCGGCGGCGCUCAAGAAGAUGCUGCCGCCGGACCCGCCCGGGGAGGAGGGGGAGUACGACGACGACGACGGCAAUGCCGGCCCCGUCACGGCGCCCGUGACGCCCAUCCGCUACCACUCCAAGAAGGUCCUGAACCUGAUCCGCACGCCCAGCGCCAGGCCGCAGCCCCCGCCGCCCAAGCCGCGCUUCACGCUCGACGACUCGCCCUCGCGCGUCGGCGGCUUCGAGCCCCUGCCCGAGUUCGGCGGCGUGUCGGCCGUCGGCGACAUGGCCAGGGAGUUCGAGCUGGCCAGCAGCGGCGCGACGCGCCGGCGCUCGGGCACCCUGCCCGCGAGCCUGUUCGGCGGGCCCAAGUCCGCCGCCGCCGGUCUCAUGCUCACCACCCCCAAGGGCGGCGGCUCGGGCGGCGACACCGAGCCCCCUCCUACCUUCGCGGCGGGCGGCCUGCUCGGCGACAGCUACGACGACCGCAGGAAGCUCUCUCCCGGGCUGUCCAGGCCGCACAUCUCCUCCCUGGCCAUCGACCUGGACAACCCCUUCACCGAGGGCUCCCUGCUCUCCACCAAGUCCGUCGUCACCACCACCGCCGCCGCCGCCGCCAUCACGGCCUCCGACGAUGGCGAAAACAAGAAAAAGAACAGGUCCACCCCUCCCGAGACCCCAGCCUCCCCCUCCGAACCCUCCUCCUGGCUCCCCUCGGCCGUAGAGCACACAGCCCGCCUCCAGCGCCAGCGCGACGCCGAGGCCGCCGCCGCCGCCGCCGCCGCCGCCGCCGCCGCAGCAGCAGCAGCCCGCCCCUCCACCUCCUCCGGCAUCCCCUCCUCCUCCUUCGACAAGGCCCGCGCGGGACGCUCGCGCGCCGGCUCCGCCUCGUCCAAGCACCACACCCCCGCGGGGGCGGCGGCGGCGGCGCCCCCGGUGCCGCUCCUCAACUUCGCCGCCCUGCCCCCGCACGGCAGGCCGUCGACCAGCAACGGCGGCGGCGGGGGCCACGGCGUCCGCCCGCCCGCCGGCACGGCGCACCUCGUCGACCUGGCCACGAGCCCGUCGUCGUCCUCGCGCUCCUUCCUGGACGUGCCCCCGCCGCGCAGCGCGGCCCGCGCCGCCGCGGCAGCAGCGGGAUCGGGACCGGGAGGGGCCGGUCGGCCGCACACGAGCGACGGGUCCCGCGCAGGGGGAGGAGGAGGAGGAGGGACAUUGCGCAGCCGGGCGUCGGCCGCGACGCUCGCGAGCCAGACGUCGUGGAACAGCAUCGGGCAGUACUACCCGCCCGUCCCGGCGCUGCCGAGCGUCGCGUCGCAGCGGUCGAUGGGGUCGCGCGAGGGCAGCGACCUCGGCAGCCUGCGGUCCGGCGGCGGGGGGAGCGCGAUGCGCAAGGUGUCGGAGCCGGCUAUGCACCACAAGUAUCAGCAGCAUCCGCAUCAGCAUCCGCAUCAGCAGCGGGGGCGGGACCCGCGGCCGAGGGAGGUGCCGCGGUCGAGGAGCGGGACUUCGAGGAGGGUGUUUGAAUGA